AUGGCGUCUAAACAGGAGAAGAAACAGCUCGACGAGAGGGCCAAGCAGGGAGAAACCGUUGUGCAAGGCGGUACUGGAGGCAAAAGUUUGGAAGCUCAACAGCAUCUUGCUGAAGGGAGGAGCCGAGGAGGGAAUACGAGGAAGGAACAGUUGGGAACUGAAGGAUAUCAACAGAUGGGACGCAAAGGAGGUACAAGAACUGGAAAGGCUGGUGAGGAAGAUGAUGAGGACGAACCCAAAUCCAGGACCAAAUCUUAA